CUGCCACAAGGCUUCAUCCCACAGCGCCGCCACUUCACGACCACAACAACACCACGUCCAUGGGCCCCUCACGAUAGCACAACGCCUACGGCAGCACCUCGACACAUACACACACCAUACGCGCAGCGUGCUCUCAGCACGGCAACCACGCAAAGUCCCCAGUGGACUCGUCCUCCCAUCUCCCAAAGUCGACUUCCAUGCAUCACCUCAACCACCGACACCACACACGUGCAGUCACGGCCGCGCUCCCGUAAAUGAGUCGUGGCUCGGGCCCCGCCGCCGCCAUGGCUGCCACGCCGCCCACCUCGGAUCCGGCCAUGCUCGCCUUUGACUCGUCCAUACCCCUCAAGGGCGUCGUCCUCUGCUGCACCAGCAUCGCCCCAGACCUCCGCGCCAUGAUCGACCGCAGCACAAAGGAGAUGGGCGGCACCCACAAGUACGACCUCACCCCAGAUGCCACCCAUCUCAUCGUUGGCGAGUACGACACCCCAAAGUACCGCCAUGUUGCCCGCGACCGCCCCGACAUCGUCCCCAUGGCUGCCGGCUGGAUCGAGGCCCUCAGAGCCCUGUGGAUGGCCGACCAGGAAAUCGACUUCCUUGCCCUUCAGAACGAGUGGCGCCUCAAGACCUUCGAGACGGGCGGCGGAAUCCCCAGCAGCACGCUGCCUGAGGAGCGCGACCGCCAGCGCCUUCUCUGCUGUCUGACUGGAUUCGAGGAGCAAGACGUGCGCACCAUGAUCGAGGACAAGGUCAGGAGCAACGGCGGCGACUACACAGGCGACCUAUCCAAAAGCGUGACCCACCUUAUCACCUACCAGCCAGAAGGCAAGAAGUACCGCGCCGCAAAGAACUGGGGCAUCCACACCGUGUCGAUAGAGUGGCUUCACGACAGUGUCGAGCGUGGCAUGAUACUAUCGGAGGCCUGCUAUGACCCUUUGAUGCCGCCCGAGGAGCGGGGAAAAGGUGCGUGGAACCGCAAGGAGAUGCGGCAGACAGCAUUGGGCAAGCGCACAAGAGAAAGCAACGGAGCACCCCCAGGGGAAGGACGGAGGAAACUGAGAAAGUCGGCGAGCAUGAAGCUCAGCAGCCAGCGAGACAAUCUAUGGGGGGACAUCUUGACAAACCGCGCGUCAGCCGACGCUCCCCAAGCACCCCCGCUCGAGCGCACAACGAGUCUGCCUGUGGGCAACAUGACAACAAAUGGGGAUGUCCAGCCUGUGGCUCAGCAACAACAAACAAUAGCCGACUCCCACGUCUCCUCUGAAGUCGCCGGGCCAAUAUUCGGUGGCUGUCGUUUCUUCGUGCACGGCUUCUUGAGCAAGCGCCUUGAUAUUGUCAAGGACCAUUUGAUGAAGAACGGAGCAGAGUUGGCAUCUUCAGUUACAGACGUUGCUUCAAGACAACACACCCAACCUACAGACCAACGGUUCUUGCUUGUACCUCAGAGCUCGCAGCCGGACACGCACCCAACAUGUCCAGAGGGCGUGUGGAUCGUCACGGAGUUCUAUAUUGAGCAAUGCAUCCAGAGUCGGGAGCUUGUCCAUCCGGUGGACCUGGUGCUUGGAAGACCAUUCCCCCAAUUUCCCAUUGACCGAUUUUCGCAACUGGUCAUCUGCACAUCCGGAUUUCAGGACCUGCAGCUGAACCAGGUCCAGAAGACCAUCGUGCAGCUUGGGGCCGAGUAUUCCGAAAAGUUGAACGCCCGUGCAACUCUGCUGGUCUGCUGCUCACUGGCAACGGCGCGACGAGAGAAACUCGAGCACGCUGUCUCACUCGGCAUACCCGUUGUAGACAGGGAGUGGCUGUGGCAAUGCGUAUCGACUGGCUUCUUGACACCUUGGGAUCAGUUCAUGUACCCGGAGCUCAACCAGAAGGCAUCGCGUGUCGCUGAGAUUCCGAAUGAGAGGUCGAAACUGGCUCGGUCGCGGUCGGAACCAGCUGCUGCUGCGAAGCACCCUCCAGUUCGAGCAGGAGUCGAUCGCACGGCGUUCGAUACAAGCAAAUCUGGCUCCACCCUUCCCCAGGAGAGAGCACUUGACAGGCAGGAGACUAGUGAGUCCCGCUACCAUACGGCCUUGGCUUUCCAGGAUGAGGAGCGCGGCGCCGGGUUUGACACCGCUCCUCUGACAGAGGUGCAUGACAACACCUUGAACGGCCUGAAUCAGCGUACGGCGUCUGAAAUCGUGCCUCGCAAGCUGAAACGAUUCCCAACUGGCGGCGAGAUUGGCGACUCUGAGGAGUCUGAACCGCCCACUCAGGCCACAGGCUCCGCACAGACGGAAAGCCAAGCAGCAGCAGUGCGGACAGAAGACGAGGAGCGGGAGGCCAAGGUUCAUCGCGCGAAGCAGGAAAUGUCCAAACGGCUCAACUCGCUGCUGUCGCAUGAUGUCGAGCUUUCAGAUGGGGACGGCAGUUUUCAGUCCGCCAAGCCGGCCCGACGCAAACGCGAGAUUCUCGGUAGAGCUCAGAGCAACGUCUCGGCAACCUCGAGUGCCAGCGCCGAAUCGAGUGCCCAAGCAGGCUCAACUGCGGCGAAGAUCAGGAAAAUGAAGGCGUCCAAUGCCAGCGUGGAUGGGAUUCUCUCUGGAUACGGGGCUACUCGUGCGACAUUUGACCAAGAAAUGGAUGUUGCCGCGCAGCCUGCGACUCAGCUUGAGUAUGUCGACUCUGAGGCGAAGAAGCACCGGGCUGUAAUCGAGAGCAAGCUCAACGGGGACAAGAAUGCACCAGUGCCGAGAGACAGCCAGGAAGACAGGGUGACGAUGGCAGACUUUGCAGGAUACGGCAGGCACCAUGAUGCUGCUGUUGUAGAGGAUGCGGCGGGGCCCAGCACAACAAGGCGGGGAAUGAGACGGAGGUGAAGCAUACAUGUAUAUAUAUUACAUAUCUAGGCAUUUGGGAGGCAGCAUACAUAUUGGUCUAGCCAUAGGAGACGGUUCAUAACGAAGACAUGAAUAUAAUGAUCACCGACAA